AUGUUUUGGGGUCUGCGAACUCGACCAAACCGCAAUGUCGACUCUGAUCUUCAGACGCUGCUAUCAUCCCUCUACCUCAAGAUCGACUAUGCGCGUCUUGCCAUCCAACCCCCAUCGAUACUGACGUUCGAAAUAGUUGUUGCUGACGCGUUAUGCUAUAUGCAGCUCUUGAAAUACAAGAGCAACACCACUGUGUAUUCAAACGCUUACAAGCGGAAGAUGAGGUCUGCUGAUCUGGUAAGAGACGUGCAUAUUCUGGUAUUCGCAGAUACCUAUCCACCUACGCACCCAAAAGGCUCAGGGGUAAACAAUCGAACAGGCUACCACCCAAGGAGAGGUCCCACACAAGGGCAGAAAUGCACGAUUAUAGAAGCCAUGCUGCAAUUCAUUGGUGCUUUGGAAAAGGUGGAUUUGGGUGAGCUGCCUAGAUCGGCGCUGAAAGCGUGGUGGCGGGAAACAAAGGCGGUAAAUGACCAGGAGCAUGAGAAAGGCGAACGACAAGGUAGGGAGAUCAUCUCUACGGAAGAGGGGAAAAGUGUAUGUGAAUGCCAUGAGGAGGGAGAGAUCAGUGAGGACGGACAACAGUGCGUCAAUUGCACCAAGCCUCAAGGUGACGAGAUUGGAGACCUUCAGGGAGGCAGCACGGCCACGGCGCAUGCGGUCAAACUUGGCCAUGACCCAGUGCGUUUGGGAACUGCGCGUCAAGAAUGUGACCGCAAGCUGGUGGAUCUAGAAGGACACGGACAAGACAAAGAGCAUGGCAGCGCAGUUCCAGCUGGGCCGCUGACCGAGGAGCAUUACCGCGUCGACCAAGCUCUCAAAAAGAUGGAUCUAUGGACAGAUGAAUGGCUGAUGGGCAUAUCGAAAACCGACGAGGAUUGGGCGACUUUUGGCCAGUGCCUUGAACAGCCGGAUCUCUAG